UUUGCUGAUGUGCAUUUGAUUUUGGAUGCGGUCGGUUGCUGUUCGUCCGUAGUGUUAACGCCCGCUUCGAUUCAUCAUCUCGGGCAGCAGCAAAGUGUGAAAGACCGCUGAAAUCCCUGUGGAGAAGGAAUUAUGGCCGCCCCCGCUCUCUCCAGUCGCGCCGGCUCUGCGGGAAGCCUCGGGAACAGCCCAACCAUGGCCGCCACCGGCAGGCUGCCCCACGGCAGCAGCGGCGUCGGCCCCGAGUUGGACUUCAGGUCGGCGGCCCGCAUGGAGGACUUGAACAGGCUCAUCCAGGAGUUCAGCAAACACGACCAGCGCGAGUACGACGAUCAGCGGGCUCUGGAGAUACACACGGCUAAGGAUUUCAUCUUCUCCAUGCUAGGAAUGGUCCAAAAGCUGGACCAGAAGCUCCCUGUGGCCAACGAGUACCUGCUGCUGUCGGGUGGCGUACGCGAAGGCGUGGUGGACAUGGAUCCGGACGAGCUGAGUGUGUAUGCGCGUGGUGCCGACUACGACAUGGACUUUACGCUGCUGGUACCGGCGCUUAAGCUGCACGACCGCAACCAGCCGGUCACGCUGGACAUGAGGCACUCAGCGCUGGGACACUCCUGGCUCAGCCUGCGGCUAUUUGACGAGGGCACCAUUAGCAAGUGGAAGGACUGCUGCACGGUGGUGGAGCACAUCAGCGGAGCAGCAAACUACUUCUUCUCGCCCACCUUGGUGGCCGACUGGUUCUACCAGGCCGUCUCGCUGGUGCUUCUGGAGGUACAGAAGAAGCCGCAGAGGGGGGUACCCCGAGUGGAGAAGGUGGAGCGCAACGGCACGGUGGUGUCGGUCAUCCUCGGCGUGGGCAGCAGCCGCAUGCUCUACGACGUCGUCCCCGUGGUGUCCUUCAAGGGCUGGCCGGCCGUGGCGCAAAGCUGGCUGAUGGAGAACCACUUCUGGGACGGCAAGAUCACAGAGGAGGAGGUGAUCAGCGGCUUCUACCUGGUGCCCGCCUGCUCGCACAAGGGCCGGCGGGAGAACGAGUGGCGCCUGUCGUUCGCCCGCAGCGAGGUGCAGCUGAAGAAGUGCAUCUCGCCCGGCCUCAUGCAGGCGUACCAGGCGUGCAAGGCCAUCAUCGUCAAGCUGCUGUCACGUCCCAAGGCGGUGAGCCCCUACCACUUGCGCAGCGUCAUGCUGUGGGCCUGCGACCGACUGCCCGCCAACUACCUGGCGCAGGACGACUUCGCCGCCCACUUCCUGCUGGGUCUGAUCGACGACCUGCAGCACUGCUUGGUCAACAAGACCUGCCCCAACUACUUCAUCCCGCAGUGCAACAUGCUGGAGCACCUGUCGGACGACACGGCCGUUCUGCACGCCCGCAAGCUCUCGUCGGUGCGCUCCGACCCGGCCGAACACCUGCGCACCACCAUUGAGCACGCCAAGGCCGCCAACAGGCUGACGGUGGAGCUGCAGUGGCGCGGCAGCACCGGCAACCUGCCGUCGCCGCAGUCGGACGCGGGCGGGGAGAACCAGCCCGACGACCGCCUGGCCAAGAAGCUUCAGCAACUGGUCACGGAGAACCCCGGGAAGUCCAUCUCGGUCUUCAUCAACCCGGAUGAUGUCACGCGGCCGCACUUCCGCAUCGAUGACAAGUUCUUCUAAACUUUUUUUUUUGCCGCCCCACAUUUUUGCCACGGUGUCAGUCAGGUGUCUAUUUUAUAGUCUUCUUAGUUCUCCUCACUCACUGUGUACUUACCUGCCGGAGGCCUUCAGAAUGACAUCCAUAAAGUCACCCGGAGAAAUCCUUCGGGAUGUCCGCUCUGCUUUCAGGCUGACAUCUCCUGCCUGGAGAAAUCGAAAAGGAGCCGUGCACCCAGUUUCAUCCACCCAAAGAACCCGACUUGAACUCUGAAAUGAUCCUCUUGGAUUGACCACCCUGAGCGAUUUACCUGGUGUUGUCCACCCACUUGCAAAAAUUGACACUCAACCUGGCUGAAACUUCCAAGAGAAAUGGACAAUUUCACUUUGACAAAUUGAGCUGGAGAAAUCGUCCGUGCAAACGUCUGCCGGGGGAAAUCCAACUGACUUCAAUCGGCUCCAAGGAAUCCCACCAGGACCUUCACUUGGCUAUCAGGGAUGCUGUGAAAAGACACCAAACUGGUCUGCAGAAAAUCAAAACGAUCCAAUCUACACCAAGUUGCUGCGUGUUCACCCAUCGGAACCACAUCACGAUGCCCGUAGGUCAAGUCGUCACGGCAACAAGAGUAGUACAAUCUUUGUUGUUCAGUGUGGCGCUAUGGACUAAAAGCAUAUCUUCUUCUCCACAUGUACAUGUCAAACUGCUAGACUAAGAACGAGAAUAUUCUCAAAACGUUUUCUUAAUGAGAAACUAAUCAGCGAGAAAGAUUUCUCAUCUUAAUUACAAGUGCUAAUUGCUCGGCACUCACGAUCGCAAUUUCAUUAUGUUGUCACACACUGAAUGUGAAAUGGCUUCUUAUUUUGCAAACCACAAUGUCUGAAUGUAAAAUCACACGCUACGUUUAUAACUCCAUUUGGCCUCCACGUGAAGCUGUGGGACAAAUUUGGAACUUGUUUUCUUUUCAAUUCCACUUUGGAACAGCAGCUAGAUGACCACCUUGAAGCUUUCCCCCCCCCCCCCCCCCCACUGUACGAUUGUCAACAAGCAUCUUUGUUACAAAAAAAAAGGAAAAAAAAGUCGAUUGUCUGGACGGUACUCAAAUGUAAAUAAUCCCAAGAAGCCAGAACGGUACCGACUACUGCUUAUCAUCGAAUUCAUAUUUUGCACAGAAUGUAAAAAAAGCACUAACCACACUCCUCUUGAUUGUAGUCACGCUCGUGAGCCACGGUGCUAAAUACACUACUUUGUUUGUGUGUGUGUGUGUGUGUGUGUGUUAGCCUACAUGUCAAUGAAUAUUUCCGUUGGUAUGCGUGUUAGCAUACUUGUAUGUGUUGGCGUGUAUAUGCGAGGGAGCGUAUGUUAGCGUACGUACAGUAUGUCUGUCAGCAUGCAAGUGUUAGCGUCCACACGUGUUAGCAUAUGUGCUGGCGUGGAUGUUUGCAAGCGAGCAUUUAAGAGCAUGUAUGUGAAGUGUGCAUGUUGCUGCCACAAUUGUGUUAGGAAAUGUGUGUGUUAGCGUCCGUGUGUUUGCAGGGCCUUUAGCGUGUGUAUUAGCCACACUCCGAAACCACAUUCCCGCUUUGUGAGACCACCGCUAACUUGUUCACACGUUCCUGUUUGCAAACAGGCCUCAUUUUGAAAGUGAGUUUGUCUAAAUACUGAAAUUCUUUUGUGAGCGAGACAAAACAAGCUGUGUUUUAGCUUUUAUUUUAUUUUUCAAACAAGAAUGAUUUGAAUCUCAAACUUGGUUCACUUUUCCAUAUACAAUGAUACCGUGACUCACAAGUGGCCCAACCUUGGAGUUUUUCUAGGUACAAGCCUGUGCUUGCUUGAUUUACUUAUUUAUCUUUGCUGGUCAAAAUUUGAGUUAAGCUUCAGAUGAGCCGUGACUUAAGUGAAAAAAAAAAACCAUUUGAAUAGUUUAGGUACCAAGAAUCCUUUGAAAUACCAUGUUGAGUAGUAUUCAAAAGACGCCUUCUUCUGUGAACAUGUAUCUUCGUCACAAUGCUGCCUACUAGUGGCCUGACAUGCUUAUUACACUUUUUUUUUUUUUUUUUUUUUUAAUUGUGCGUAAAAAAUCGAAAGCUGCCUCCCCGUUCGCACGCACGCGUACGAUCAACGCGGCAGGAUUGGUCUUUAUGCAAACACUGGGGCUCAGCUUUGAUUGUACGUCCAAUCCGGGUUUUACCGCCGCAUUUGGUACCCGCUGCUCGUCAGCACUCAGGUUUGAAAAUCUGCUGCAUCGUGACAGAAUGUUCCUCGUAGACAACGUGCACUAAUAUCUCCUCUAUCUUGGAUUGUUGUUGUUUUUCCACUGCUGCAGCUAUAAAUCACUUCUUUUGUAUGUUUUAUUGUGUUAGCUCCAAUAUCUGCUGUAUUUUGUGAACUUUGUAAAUUCGUUUUUGUUGAGCCUCGAUGACCUGGAUUUUUUUUAACAUUAGUAUAUUUUGUGAUGUUUUUCUUUGUUUUUGUUCAUUGUUGUCGACAACCAGCUCAGACACACCCGUUUAUCAUGUACUGUCUUUAUUUAAUUAUCUCAUAUGGGCAAGUUUACCAAUUAUUCAAUUUAAGAAGUAAAUCUAUUGUAUAUUAUACUAACUAUACGGUGAAUGCAUCCGUUAAUUAAUAAGCAAGAUAAAUCACAAAAUAAUCUCAUUCAUUAACUCAAUUUAAGAGACAGCUACAUAAAUGCAACAAGCAUUAUGACGCUCUCAAUAAUCUAAAUGCUCCCGGGACUAAAUUCUUCCUGAGCUGGUUGGUUUGAACACAAUUUUAGUUUUUUCAGCUGUGAAAUACGUGUUGUGAAAAGGCUGGAAAAAAAAGAAUCCAGCAUAUUUGUAAUACUACAAAGAAAAUGUAAUUGUGGUCUUGCGAUUCCCAUUCCUUUUCCCUCAAGUGCAAUUAGUGGAAAAGAAAAAAAAACUUUCACAAACACGCAAUGUAUAACCCUCCACACCACUAACAACAUACAAGUGCCCCCCCCCCCCACACACACAAACACACAAACACACACUUGUGGUUGGUUGCGACGUAAUCUGUUUAGUGCUCUUUUGUUGUUGAGAUCAUUUGAACUGUGAUUUCUUGUGUUGCUGCUCUGCCCUUGAUUUCUUUAUGCAAACGUCACCAUGGAGCAAGGCUCCCACUCUUCUUCACUGUACAGUAGAGUCACUCACUAUAAAGUCUUUUAACAACAA